GUGCGGCUGGCACGGGUGCACAGAGGCGGUGCCCAACCGGGCCCGGGACACGGCGGCCCCACGACAGGGGUGACGGGGGCGGAGGCAGUCUCUUGCGCCCCGUCUGGCGCCGCCUCCCCGGGAGCGCUGGCCCUGCGGACCCGCAGGCGGAGCGCAGCCUCAGCCAAGGCUGGAGUUCAAGGCCCCAUCUUCUCUGUGGAACUGACUUUUGCAUCAAGUCAAGCUCAGGAACAAGACGUUGUCAUCACAGAUUGGCACUCUGUGGCCUGCCUGGCCACUUCCAGAAAACAUGGUGGACACAGAGAGCCCCAUCUGUCCUCUCUCCCCACUUGAGGCAGAUGACCUGGAGAGUCCCUUGUCAGAAGAAUUCUUACAAGAAAUGGGAAACAUUCAAGAGAUUUCUCAGUCCCUUGAGGAGGAGAGUUCCGGAAGCUUUAGUUUCACGGACUACCAGUACUUAGGAAGCUGUCCAGGCUCUGAGAGCUCAGUCAUCACAGACACCCUCUCUCCAGCGUCCAGCCCCUCUUCAGUCAGCUGCCCUGUGAUCCCUGCCAGUGCAGAUGAGCCCCCUGGCAGUGCACUGAACAUUGAGUGUCGAAUAUGUGGGGACAAGGCCUCAGGCUACCACUACGGAGUCCAUGCAUGUGAAGGCUGCAAGGGCUUCUUUCGGCGAACUAUUCGGCUAAAGCUGGUGUAUGACAAAUGUGAUCGAAGCUGUAAGAUUCAGAAAAAGAACAGGAAUAAGUGCCAGUACUGCCGCUUCCACAAGUGCCUGUCCGUUGGGAUGUCACACAACGCAAUUCGUUUUGGACGCAUGCCAAGAUCUGAGAAAGCAAAACUGAAAGCAGAAAUUCUUACGUGUGAACACGAUCUGGAAGAUUCAGAGACUGCAGACCUCAAAUCUCUGGCCAAGAGAAUCCAUGAGGCCUACCUGAAGAACUUCAACAUGAACAAGGUCAAGGCCCGGGUCAUCCUCGCAGGAAAGACCAGCAAUAACCCGCCUUUCGUUAUACAUGACAUGGAGACCUUGUGUAUGGCUGAGAAGACACUUGUGGCCAAGAUGGUGGCCAAUGGCAUCCAAAACAAGGAGGCAGAAGUCCGAAUCUUCCACUGCUGCCAGUGCAUGUCUGUGGAGACUGUCACCGAGCUCACAGAAUUUGCCAAGGCCAUCCCAGGCUUCGCAAACUUGGACUUGAAUGACCAAGUUACCUUGCUAAAGUACGGUGUGUAUGAAGCCAUAUUCACAAUGCUGUCCUCCUUGAUGAACAAAGACGGGAUGCUGAUAGCGUAUGGCAAUGGCUUCAUAACUAGAGAGUUCCUAAAGAACCUGAGGAAGCCAUUCUGUGACAUCCUGGAACCAAAAUUUGAUUUUGCUAUGAAGUUCAAUGCCCUAGAACUGGAUGACAGUGACAUUUCCCUUUUUGUGGCUGCUAUAAUUUGCUGUGGAGAUCGGCCUGGCCUUCUAAACAUAGGAUACAUUGAGAAGAUGCAGGAGGGUAUCGUGCAUGUGCUCAAACUCCACCUGCAGAGCAACCAUCCGGAUGAUACCUUUCUCUUCCCGAAACUUCUUCAAAAAAUGGUGGACCUUCGGCAGCUGGUCACGGAGCAUGCACAGCUGGUGCAGGUCAUCAAGAAGACAGAGUCUGAUGCAGCGCUGCACCCGUUACUGCAGGAGAUCUACAGGGACAUGUACUGAUUAAUCCUGAGAUGACGGCCAUUGCCACUAUCCAGGGACCUCUGAGGUCUGCAGCCCCACACAUGAGAGCGGGGAUUUGCACAGACCACCACCUUACCCUUGGAGGUGAAGAGGGCUGAGCCUAGGUAAUGCAGGCUCUUUCCACUUCUUUCCUUUCUGGAUGUGCACUUCUAAGAAUGCCUGCUAUUCAAAUGCAGGUGAUCAGAGGCUAAUAGGAUUCAGACAAUCACAGAGAAUGGCAGUCCUCAGUCUGAUCUUAACUGGUCCAAUGUUAAUCAAUGUACAUUUCUCUACAUCACAUUUAUAAUUUUCCCUUAAUUAACAUGUAACCUCAAAGUCCAAGUUUCUCUUCUCUGCUUACCAUUCUUAUGGCUGUGUGCGCCCAUGUAAAUCCCAAACACUAAUCUGCACUUUUUAACCUUUAAAACCUACAAGUCACCAUGUGGCCCAAGGUGAGCCAUUUAAACAUGGCAACAAUGUUUAUUGGGAAGAUGUCACUUCUGUUUCCUGGUUCUAAGAAAGAGAGCUGGCUUCUGAGAACAUUCAAGAAUGUUUAGAAUGCAGCCUCGUCAUUUUCUUUGUUGAUUCACUGCUUUGGAGGGCAUAACUAAUACAUGGAAAAUUUUUCCGGGUUUGUGUAGAAAAUCCCCAAAAGCUACAAUCUCAAGAAACCUCAGGAGACUUGCACUAAUGUCUGAUACAGACAGGAUGAGCCCCGAGCAACUAAUUCUGCAAUCCUGUUAAGCCUGCAGCAAUUCCAGAGAUGGAGUCACAGAAGACUUGUAAAUGCUCCUCCAGCCCCCCUCUGGCAGCUCCU